GCCCAAGGAUACAAGUGAGUAACGCGGUCUCACAGACGUGCCGUGCGCGGUCCUUCCAUUCCAUUUCCGGGUAAAGCUGAAGUACUCCCGCGAGUUAGCGCGAGAUUUUGCAUAUUGUGUGAGAAUAGAGUGCAUGAACUAUGGCAAGGUAAAUCUCAGCAAUAGUUCAAGAUCUUCUAUGUGGUAAUAAGCAGCGGGAUGGCACGUCCUGAGUGGCGAAGAAGGAUGCCCGUCCUGCAGCUAUCCUGGAUAUCUGUGUGUUGUAUAUGUUUAUUAAGUAUAGCAGAAAUAGUAAACGCACAAGAUGCGAGGCGAUUUGAAGUUGGAAGUCCUGUUGUCUGCGCAGGAUGUACGGGCGAGGACUGUAAAUGUGUGGGAUCACGAGGUGAUAGGGGCGCACCAGGAAGGCCAGGAGAACAGGGUGUUGUUGGACCUAUCGGGUUUCCAGGCCCUGAAGGAUUACCAGGAGAAAAAGGCGAAAAGGGAGACCUAGGAAUUCCGGGCCCUAGAGGAGCUAAAGGCGAUCGGGGUAAAAUGGGGAUGCCUGGUUUUCCAGGAGCCAAUGGAAUUCCAGGUCAUCCAGGAGUACAAGGACCUCGAGGUCUACCAGGUCUGGAUGGUUGCAAAGGUGAUGAUGGCGUUCCAGGUAGGCCUGGAGUCGAUGGUGGACCUGGACCCAAAGGUUACCCUGGCAUACCUGGAUUAAAAGGAGAUAAAGGUGAACCGUCAUUUGGCUUAAUAGGAGUGAAAGGACAGAAGGGAGAAUCAGGACGGGAUGGAAGACCUGGGUUUCGUGGCCCUCCAGGACAAGAUGGAAGACCGGGACCGAAAGGAGAUCCUGGACCACCAGGACUACUAGGCGCAAAAGGAGAUAGAGGAUUUGAGGGACCGAAAGGCAACAUGGGAGUUGGAUUUCAAGGUUCAAAAGGAGAAGACGGACCCAAAGGCUUUCCAGGACCAGCUGGAUUGCCGGGACAAUGUGAUGAGUUUAAAGAAAAUGGAACCUCAUCUAUCGGACCUCCUGGACCAGAUGGAAUGAAAGGCCAAAAAGGAGAACCAGGAGAGAGAGGUGAUCGAGGUUUUGAUGGAAUAUCAGGCAUAACGGGUCCACCAGGUGAUGUAGGAAUGGUUGGCGAGAAAGGACUUCCAGGUCAUCCUGGACCAAGAGGUAAAGAAGGAGUUCCAGGCCCACCCGGGGAACCAGGCUAUAAGGGAGACAGAGGAAACGAAGGCUUGCCAGGAGUGGAUGGAUUGCCUGGAUUUAAAGGAGAUGCUGGCCUACCAGGCCAAACGGGUCCUAGAGGAUUUGCUGGUCCUCCUGGAUCUCCUGGUGGCAUUGAAGGAAGAGCAGGACCAUCGGGACCCCCAGGGCCCAAAGGCCCUCCAGGUCCUCCCGGCUUUCCAGGAUCUGACGGACAACAAGGUAAUUCGCCAAUUCAAAUUUACUAA